GGGGCAAAUCAAAUUGGCCCAGCUCUAGCUGCUGCGAAUGCAGUUGCUAUGGCUACGGGAGCGGCGACAGCGGCUGCAGCCGCUGCUGGUGCAGUAAUGGCUGCAACUGGUCAAAGUACUACUAGUGGUGGCGGUGUCGGAAUAUUCAAUGCAGACGCAAAGAAUCUAUUUGGAACUGGUUUGGUUCCAAAUUAUGGCUCUAAAUCCGAUGUACCUAUGCAUGAUCUAGCGGCAAUUGUUGAACGCUUCGGUACUUUGAAUUUCGAUCACAAUAGCUAUAAUUAUUUCAAUUUUGAAUUUCCUCCUGGAGCAUGUCCGCCAUCUGCAUAUCUUCUAAAUUCAACACCUCUGAUUGAUUCAUAUAUGCUUGGAGAUCAGUAUUCUAGUAGAAAUCAAUCAUGGUCGGAAUACAGCAUGUCUAGAAUGAAUGAAAAUGCAUCAACAGCUCAUUGGACUGAACCAACACCUGUGAUUGUUGCUCUAUUUACAACAUUAGGGCGACUAGCUGCGGUAGCGCCACGUUCUAUUUAUCAUUAUAUGGAUGAAUUUAUACCGAUUCUAGCCUAUAUGAUGCAAGAUACAUCAUGUUUUUUAAAGCGAUCAAUUGCUGUUUGGACUCUAACUAGACUAGUUUCUCACACUGGUUAUGUUGUUAUUCCGUAUAAACGUUAUCCUCAAUUGUUGAAUAUUCUGUUAGGUAUGCUUAAACGUGAAGAAAUCAAAUGUAUCCGUCAAGAGGUAUUGAGAGCUCUUGGCGUUCUUGGUGCACUAGAUCCCUUCAAGUUCAAAUUGUAUUCCGGUCAAGUCGAUACAUACGGCGAUACAGGAAUUGCUGUGAGUCAUCAUGAAGUAGUUGAACGCAAAGAUGUUGAUAUAACCCAAUCAGAACUCGUUAUCAAUUUGUCUUGGGAAAGUCGUGAUGUUUUCUUCUCAGUUUGUGCUCUAUCUGCACUGAUUCAUUCGCUACGUGAUCCUGCACUUCACAGCCAGUAUGGUAGCAUUGUACAUACGAUAGUUUAUGUUUUAAAACUUUUGGGUCCACGUUCAGUAAUUUAUCUACGUCAGCUUAUACCUGAUUAUUUUCGGUGUUUAGAAAACACACGUGAUGCUAGAUUACAAGAGUUUCUUAUUCGUCAAUUGGGUAAUGUAAUGACCAUCGUGCAAUUGAAUACAAAGGAAUUUGCACAUGAAGUAGUUGACUUAUUAAUCACACAUUGGUGGAUUGCUCCAAACGUUCAGCGUGCAUGUAUUGGUUUAUUAAGUCCAAUGUCAUCUGUAUUAGGCGCUGAAUUUCGUACAUAUUUAACACGUCUUAUACCAACCAUAUUGAGAAUGUUUCAUCAUGAAUCAAAUGAAUCAAAUUUAAUAGCUCUUUUAGAAGUUCUUCCAGAAUUCGGAUACACACUUAAGGAUUAUGCUCAUAUUAUUGUUCCUGCAAUAUCAAGUUUAAUUGAUAUUACCAGUGAAGCAAGUCUUUCUGUGUUAUUAAAUAGUGUUUCAGAAUAUUCUUCAUCGAAUUGCAUCACUACCACUACUACAACAACUGCUACUACUUCUUCAACGUCAACUUCCCAUUCAACUAUACCUAACUCUAAAUCACAGUUAGACACAGAUACUAUUGAUUUGUCGAAUAUUUUUAGCAGCGUUCCUGAAAAUAAUUGUACGUCAACUAAUGAUACAAAUGUAGGUGGAAUUCAGGCAUCGAAUACAAGAACUUCAACAAAUGGUUUAAAUCAACAAAUAUUACCUAAUAAAGUGGGUAGCGUACAUCUUCGUAAAGCGUGUUUAGAAUGUUUAGCAAGAUUUACAGAUUGUGUUGAUUUAGAUGAUUUCGCUGGACAAAUAAUUCAUCCAGUAUGCCGUUUACUUUUAACAUUGGAAUCAUGUCAUCAAAGUUAUCAACAGUUAUUACAUCAACAACAUCAUUUAUCGUCGACAAAAUCAUCAGCUUCGUUGGGUAGUCAAGCAUGUUUGAAUGCAAUUAAUCAACUUCGUGUACCAGCUAUGGAUGUAUUAACUGGAUUGUUGUAUCGUAUGGGUCAAAAAUUCAAAUUUUUCCUGCCUUUAGUACAAAAAAUGCAAAGUCGUUUGCAGUUACACACACCUCGAUUUAAUACUGUGCUUGGACAAGUUGAAAAAGGCGCUUAUCUGCCGACAACUAGUGAUCGUGUGCACGUUAAAUUUACCAGCAUUUCUACACGUAAUCGUGCACAAAAAUUGAAUGUUGAUGAUUCAGAAACACCUGGAACUGUCAAACUUUUGAAAAUUAACAAUACUAAUUUGGAACGUGCUUGGCAUUCUUCUCGUAUGGUUAGUCAUGAUGAUUGGAGUCAGUGGUUGAAAACAUUAAAUAUGGCACUUUUACGUGAAUCACCAAGUCCUGCUAUUCGUGCGUGUAGUCAGUUGACAGCUAUUACACCUGGCAUAGGUCGUACUUUGUUCAAUGCUGCGUUUCUUAGUUGUUGGCCUGAAUUAAAUUAUCAUCAACAAGAUGAUUUAAUUAAUACUUUAGAACGUGUACUACGUGUACCAGAUCAGUCACCGGAAGUUAGUCAAACUAUAUUAAAUCUUGAAGAGUUCAUGGCUCAUAUGGAUAAAUAUUCAAGUUCAUCACAUCGAGUUCACUUACCAUUACCUUUGGGUGUUUUAGCUGAUCGAGCAUUAAAAAAUCGUGCGUAUGCUAAAGCAUUAUAUUAUAAAGAACAAGAAUUUCUCAUGGAAUCUGAAAAACGUUCUUGUCCUAGUCCGGCAACUCUAUCAUCUUUACUUACUAUAUAUAGUAAAUUGAAUUUAGAAGAAGCAGCCAAUGGAGUAUUGUUAUAUGCAACACGUAGCACUCAGGAUAAACUAGCUAAUGAAGAAGUUUGGAGAGAAAAAUUACAUGAUUGGAAAUCUGCUUUAAAUUUAUAUGAACGUAAAUUAGAAGAUGAUCGAAUAAAAGAUAAAAGUUCUCUUAUUCUUGGUCGGAUGCGAUGCCUUCGAGCUUUAGGCCAAUGGGCUCCAUUAAACAAUAUGGCGUGGGAACGUUGGAAUGAUGUGAACGAUCAAAUGCGUGCAUUAAUGGCACCGUUAGCAUGUAGUGCAGCAUGGGCUCUGAAUUCAUGGGAUCGUGUCGAACGCUAUACUGAAGCUUUAUCAGCUGAUAACAGUUUUGAUGGUGCAUUCUAUAGAGCUGUUUUAAAUAUACAUUCUGAACAAUAUGCUAAAGCUUGUGAUUUCAUAAUGAAAGCACGUGAUGUCCUAGAUUCUAACUUAACAGCUAUGGCUGAAGAAAGUUACAAUCGUGCAUAUGCUGAUUUAGUGGGCACUCAACUGUUAUCUGAAGCUGAAGAAGUCAUACAAUAUAAACUUAUGCCGGAAAGGCGUCCAAUUCUUCGUGAAGCAUGGCAAUCUCGGUUACUUGGCUGCAAUUCUGUAGUCGAAGAUUGGAGUCAAAUCAUCCAACUACGUAGUUUAGUCUUGGAACCAUAUGAAGAUCGUAAAUCUUGGUUACGUUUUGCUGGACUGUGUCGUAGAAGUGGUCGUUUUAUUCUAUCACGUCAAGUAUUAGAAAAUCUGUUGGGUUUAGAUCCAGCUGGUAUUCCACCGUGUGAUCCUAUUCCAAGUUCUGAUCCAGCAAUUGUAUUCGCAUAUACUAAACUAUUAUGGGCAGUUGGAGCACAUGAAGAAGCGGUUAGUCGUUUAUGUGUUUUAAAAACACAUGUGUUAGAACCAUUACUUCGAGCUGAAACAGGGAUAAACAGUGCUCAGCAAUCUUCAUCAGUUUUUCAACUUUUAUCUCCGAAUGUAUUGAAUACCAAUGAGACAUUAGAUAGUUUAGAUUCAAGACAACUAGAAAUUCAAAUAGUUAACGAACGGAAGGAAUUAAGAAGACUGUUAGCGAAAUGUUGUUUGAAAUUGGGAUCAUGGUGUUCAGAAUUGUAUACACGUUCACCACCUGGUAGUCACCAAACAGACAAUCAUUCAUUAGCUUAUACACCUAAUUCCGUCUUUACAGCUGCCAGUGGAAAUGGACUACAGUUUUCCGUCGCUGCUGCAGCGCGCACUUUAUCAAAAGUGAAUUCUAAUAAUGAUGUGAUAGAAAAUAUACAUCCAUCUCAAAUGUCACGUGCAGCUGUAAUGCGUUUAUCAAAUAAUUAUAGCGGAAUAGUAGGUGGUGGACGUGAAUCAAGUAAUCGUAAUGGUUCGCGGAUUCGUCGAGCUGCUUCUACUGCUGGAGCGACAUCAAUAGUAAAUGAAAAUCUGGCCACAUCCAAUAUAACUCAGACAUGGGAAGAAAGUCAGGCGUUUGUUAUUCAGUGUUAUCAAACUGCAACAUUACAUGCACCAGAUUGUCGUAAUACAUGGCAGUCAUGGGCUAUGGCUAAUUAUGCUGUAUUCAACCAUUUGGAUACAUUGAAAGCUUGUUUAGAAAGAGCGGAGUUAGAAUUAAAUAAAGUUGGCGGUAUUGAUAACCAUAUUUUAUGGACGUCCCGGCGUAAUUUCUCGUCUUCCGCUGGAAUUCAUGGAUCUGGAGUUAAUCAAAUGCAGUCUUCAAAUUUACCUGUUGGUAAUAUCUCAGCUAAUUUUUCUCCAUUACCACCACCUAUAGCAGAACUUGUCCGUGCGAAAACCGAUCUACAGAGAUGUAUGGAAUUACAUGCUGCUCCAUCUGUUAAAGGUUUCGUCAAUUCAAUAAGUUUGUCACAAACUGCUAACUUACAGGAUAGUUUACGUUUAAUCAAUUUAUUAUUUAAAUUUGGUCAUUUAACUGAAAUUCGUGAAGUGAUACGUGAAGGUUUGACUAAAAUACGUUUGGAUAAUUGGUUACUUGUUAUACAACAAUUAUUAGCUCGUAUUGAUACACCUAGAGAAUAUGUUGCUACUAUUAUAAUUGAUUUGUUAAUAUCUGUUGGACAACGUUAUCCACAAUCUAUGGUUUAUCCAUUAGUAUUAGCAUUUAAAUCUGGUGGCUCUGAUCGUCGCCGUUAUAACGCUAAUCGUAUUCUGUACAGUAUGGAAGAACAAAAUUCACGUUUAAUAUCAGAAGCAUUUUUACUAAACGAAGAAUUAAUUCGUUUAUCGAUAACAUGGGUUGAAAUGUGGUCAGAAGCGUUGGAAGAUGCAAGUCGUGUUUAUUUCGGUGAAAAAGAUAUUGCGAAAAUGUUUCGAUUAUUACAUCCAUUACAUCAAAUGAUGGAUCGUGGUCAUGAAACAAUUCAUGAAGCAACAUUUUUACAAGAGAAUGGUAAUGAUCUUGCUGAAUCUCGAUUAUGCUGUGAAAGGUAUGAGUUAACUCAAGUUAGAAUUGACUUACAGAAAGCAUGGGAAGGUUAUUAUACUUUGUAUAGACGUUUUGCCAAGCAAGUAAACAACAUGACAACUUUAGAGCUUACAGUGUCCUCACCUCGUUUACAUGAAUAUGGACAAGAUUGGCAGCUAGCGGUACCUGGAAGUUACGAGCCUCACCGACCACUUGUAAGAAUAGCAUCUAUUAAGAACUGUUUAAAUUUUAUCACCUCCAAACAACGUCCACGCAAAUUAACUAUCACAGGUUCAAACGGUCACCAAUAUGUGUUUUUGUUAAAAGGACAUGAAGAUACUCGUCAAGAUGAACGUAUUAUGCAAUUUUUUGGACUUGUAAACACAUUGUUAAUUAAUAAUCCGGAAACGUUACGUCGUAAUUUAACGAUACAACGGAUGUCUGUUAUUCCAUUAUCUACAUACACUGGAUUAAUUGGUUGGGUUCCAAACAGUGACACAUUCCAUAAUUUAAUACGUGAUUAUCGGGAGAAAGCUGAUGUUGUGCUAAAUAAAGAGAAUCGUGAAAUGCUUCGUUUGGCACCAGAUUUCGAUCGUCUAAAUGUUAUACAAAAAACUGAAAUAUUUGAAGCUGGGUUAAGAGAGUCAUCUGGUAGAGAUCUAGCUAACAUAUUAUGGUUAAAAAGUCAUAGUUCUGAAGCAUGGUUUGAGCGUAGAACCAAUUUUACACGAUCUAUGGCUACCAUGUCUAUGGUUGGUUAUAUUUUGGGGUUAGGAGAUAGGCAUCCAUCAAACAUAAUGUUAUCGCGAGUGACAGGAAAAGUGGUUCAUAUUGACUUUGGCGAUUGUUUCGAAGUAGCUACAAUGAGAGAAAAAUUCCCGGAGAAGGUACCAUUUCGGUUAACACGCAUGAUUAUUUCUGCUAUGGAGGUGACCGGAAUAGACGGUGUUUAUCGUCAUACUUGUGAAAUGGUUAUGUCUCUUUUACGAUCCAAUCGUGAAAGUCUUCUUGCAGUCUUAGAAGCAUUUAUUCAUGAUCCAUUGUUACAGUGGGUACUCCAUGAAAACCGUAAAGAUUUUAAUCACUUAGAGAAUAAACUAGACGACGGAGGUGGUGGUGGUGGCGGUGUAGCUCCAGCAAUUGGAACAAACUGUUUGACAAAUGCAAAUACCAAUGGUACUGGUGGCGGUGUUCAUGGUGUAACAACUGGUAAUAAUCAGUCAGUACAGUUGAAACCUGGUGCACGCAAUUCAGAUUAUCCACAUAGACAAGUGUAUGCUCAUCAACAGCAUCAUGCUGUUCAAAAUACACUUCGACGUCCAACAGAUAAAAGUAAUAAUCUAACUUCAGGUCAACAGAAUUCACAAGGACAUUAUCAACAGCAAAAUUUGAAUAGAAGAGCUAAUUCACCGAACAAGGUGUUUACUAACCCAAAUCAUCCAGAUAGUGCUUCGUUGCGUGAUCCACAAAAGGUGAAUCAAUGGCGUCAUCAUUUGUGUAAUGGACCUUGGUUUGGUUGUUAUGAAACUGCUAAACGUUUAAGAAAACAAAUGGAAUCCGGUCACAUAGUAGUUGAACGUCAUGGACUACAAGGGUUUAUAUUUUCUGCAAAACCUCCAAGCACUGAAGACUCAUGUAUUGAUUCAGAAUCUCAGCCUGUUACUUUAGGAAAUGUACGUGCACGUUCUGUAAUGGAAAGAAUUAGGCAAAAACUGACUGGCACUGAAAGAGAUCAAAUGAUGAGUGUUUCUGCUCAAGUAGACUUCCUUAUACGUGAAGCAACUUCAAAUCAAAAUUUAUGCCAAAUGUAUAUAGGCUGGUAAGUAGAUAGUUAUGUUUUAUUUUGUUUUUAAAUGCAGUAUUGGUGACACUAUAAAAGUGUUCUAUCCGUCCUUGAGCGACUGUAUAGUUCACCAAUUAGAAUGACAGUUGUUUGUUUUGGCAAUGACUAGGAUUAUUUUAACAACUGGUAGGAGUUUUCAUUAUUGACAUUUCAGUCACUGGUGCAAUCGUAUCAAUGUAUUAGUAAUAUUUACUGUGGUGUUGUACUCCUAUUCACUGCCUUCUCACGGUGAGGGUGUUGUUUACGAAAUUGAGAGGAAGAAAAACGAAUGUCUCGAGCUUAAACUGGGUUGGUAGAAUUGGAAAACCCUGGUCCCAAACUAGUAGUACUAAUGAGCUCCAUGAACCCGAUGGGACAAAUGGCGUAUGGACUUAUUUUUGGUUACCCGCUAGCAUAGAACUGCAUUUCCUAACGUUGCUCCACUGCGUUAUUUGUAAAGCAUCUUGUUGAAAGGCUUGGGGAGUGACCCCUUCAGAAAACUACCUGAAUCGGUUUAGACACCUGGACAGUAUUUCUGCACAAAAAUAAAUUCAAUGAUUUGUGUGGCGCAUACACGUUUUGGUUCCCCUUUGUACUAAUGUUUGCGUGUUUAAAUGAAUAAAUAAUAUAUAAGUAUACACAUGAUUAUAUUCCCGUUGCUUGUUCACGCUCAAGUUAUCAUUAACUUUCCCUUACGUUACUGACAUAUCGAAAUUUCGAUAUUAUUAUUAUUACUGCUUUCCAAACAUGAAAUCCAUCCCUACUAUGGUUUUAAUGCUGCUACGGAAAUCCUGUAAAGGAGUAGGGAUAUAAGCUAAUUGUUAUAACUAUCAGUGUUUAAGAAGAUUGUUUGGACAUUAGUGAGAAUGUAACUAUAAACGAAUUUCCAUUCAUGCGAAUGACAGAUGUAAAAGACAUGAAAAUGAAAUUAUUUUGUGUUUGAAAAGAAAAGCAUUCAGAGAUGAGUGUUGUUGCAAUACUCAACUUCUCAUUAUGGUGUUUCUCCCACUAAAUGACACUCAGUGUUUUCGAACAAUUCACGCAGUAAAGGAAUCCUUUUCGAUCAGUUCAUUAUUUAAACUUAAGAUUUUUCAUAACUAACAUGGAUGAACAAUACUCGAAUGUCAACCACAAUAAAAACUAAGUGUAAUUGAUCAUAUUGUCUAUUUCGAAAAUAUUCCUAAGGAUCUAGUGAUAAACGAUACAGAGUAAGUAUCGAUCUGCCAAGUAAACGCAUGAAGAGUUGUCAAGUAGCUUUUCAUUUCAAUUAACAUUAUAACUGGUAUCUGUCAUUAAUUAAUUAUAAUCCAUACAAUAUACAUAGUCUAAAGUAGUUCCAUACUGUGCAUAAUCAUAGUAGUAUAUUUACGAAAAUUUCAUUGUUAUGUUUGUUAUACAGGUGUGCUUUCUGGUGAUAUAUUAAUUUUAUUCAAUGAUCAAUUAAUCAAUCAGCUAUUGUAUUUUUCUUAUUACGUUACCAUUGAAUUAUUUAUGAAAGUGUAAAUUUACUUUAUCAGUUAAAAAAUUGGUUUUCAUCUAAAAUAUUGUACAGUUUUGUUGAUUAAAAAUGCCUUCUUAUUUAAAAGAAAAGCCAGGUUUUCUGGUUUUUGCGUUCUUCCUUAUUCAGUGAAGACGAAUCAUUUCCAUUCAAUUUUGUUAGUGAUAUUAUAUACUUUUCAACAGUAGUAGCAGUAGAAGGCAUUAAGAGACUAAAUCUAGAGUAGUCAAGUUCCGUCCAUCAUAAGCUUGUGAAACGAAUUUAAUUAUACCAUCGUGAAAUAAUCCUUACUUAUCCUAGUUCUGUGGAGAAGGCUUAACAUAAAUCUAUACUGAAAAAAUACAUAUUACUUUAUAUAACAAUCUUAUACUUUAAGCAUAGUCAUUGGAAAACUAGAGAUUAUCAUAGGAGUGAAAAAGAUUUAUCUUUUUUUAAUUAUCACAAAAAUGUUCUGUACAACACAUUGGGUCUUCUGUUUUUGAUGUUAACAUUUCCUUUUGGCUCGUUUCAAUCUUCUUUUUCGAUCAAUAAUACUACGUGUAUGACGAUUGUAGAACCAUACUUUUAUAAUUUUUUUGUCAACAUUUAAUUCUUUAGCCAGUUCUAUCAAUUCAUGUGCAGAUAGUUUUUUAUUCUGUCAAAAGAAAAACCAGCAACAUAAUUUUGUAAGUUACAACAUGAUUCUCUAUCGAGACUGAAAAAUAACACGUUGCUGACUGAUCGUAACAAUAAUGGUUACAAAGUUAAAUAAACUGUGGUAAGAU